GGACGAGACUCAAACGCAGGAAAAGGAGUGACCUUCGACGAGAUGGAAGAAGAGCGAGGCGCUUCCGAGAAGGAAACGAGCAAGAUCUGAAAAGACGUUUCACCUUCUCGGUUCUCUGUUUUUUUAGAAAGGUUCAGUCGACUUAACGGAGGGGCAACGCGCGUCUUCUUCCUCCCUGAGUUCUCUCCCUCUCUCUUCCUUUCUCUUUCUUUCUUUCUUUCUUUCUUUCUUUCUUUCUUUCUUUCUUUCUUUCUUUCUUUCUCUCUCUCUCUCUCUCUCUCUUUCUCUCUCUUUCUCUCUCUCUUUCUCUCUCUCUUUCUCUGGCAUGCAGAGCUGCAAGAGAGAAGGCCAUUUGCUGUCGUGGCAACGAAUAGCUGUCGCUUCAAGAGACCUUAGCAGCGAGUCUGCUAGCCUCUGUUUCCUGCGUUUUCUCAAGUUUUUCAUGGUCGCGGACCUCAAGCUGUUUUCAGCUCCUUCAGGACCCUCCCUCAGAGCGGGGAAGAUCAGAAUCACCCGCAGAGUCCGUACCGUCCUUCGUUCCUCAUCUUUUUACCUGUCAAGAAGAGAGCGACCGAUCCUUCUAGGUCUGCGGCUCUCGCAGGGCGCUACAACUCAGCAGGCGACCUCUUCUUCGUUUCCUUCUCCUCCUUCCUCUCUCUCUCUGGGCGAUGCCGUCAGACAGGGAGGAUAAGACUCUUCCCUCUUCUUCAGACGGCGCAGCCCCCUGCGUUUCUCCGCCAGCACUGGAGAAGGGAAGUCACGAAGAGAAAGAAGGCGAGGAAGAUGCAGAUGAAGAAGCAGCCGAAGAGUGCCGUGAGUCUUCUCGACUUCUUUCGAGUCACCCUGCGUCUGCGUCGCGCUGUCUUCGAGAUUUCCACGGCGAGAAAGAGGCAGGAUGCGGAGGAGGAAGCUCCGAAACGAGAAAGACGAAGUCGACAGAAAGUGAACGAGUCCCGGUUCCGUCACAGAAGGCGAGAUUUGUCCUCGAGCGACGGCAGAGCAGACAGUCAGAGCAAAAGCGACACGGAGAUCGUGACCCAGAAGGACGAGAAAAAACAGGACGACGACCCUACGGGAGAAACAAGCAUGCGGCGUAUCAUGCUUCCUCUCCAAUUGUGCCUUUUGUCUGCAAGCCUGAUGGUUUGUCUUCCGUGGCGGCGACCCAACGAAUCAUCGAGGCUGUCGAGUCUCUGGUCCACGAAUUUCGUCGCGCUGGCCGCGGGACCUCCUCACGCCCGCUGCUCGCGGCCUCGUCGGGACGCUCUGCGUCUCUGUUUCGGACAACCUUCCUGCUUCCUUGUGCAUGCGGGCCGUACGUUUCCUUCCUGUACCAUUUUGUCUCUUCGCUGCCGGCUGCGGAGACAGGCGUAGCGGCCGCCGCCCUCCUCGCGUCUGCUGCGAUGUGCGUCGUCUGCUGUCUCCUGAGCAACAACGAGGCCUCGCUUGUCUCCUUCGUCCGCUUCGUCAUCUUCCUCCCUCCCGUUCUCCUCGCUGCGUGGCUGGCGUACAGAAGCCGGACCAUUGAACAUCUGCGGGCAGUGUCCAAACUCCAGGAGGCGUUGGAUGAGUUCAAGACGGAGACAGGCUUCGCCUCGCUGUGCGGCCCUCUGUCUCCGUCUCAACUGUCUCCUUCCUCGUCUGCGCCUCGCCGGCCUGGGUCCUCGGCGCUCUUCUCUCAUGCCGCGUCUUCACAGGCGUCGUCGCAGUGCCCUGGGGACGAGGCGUCCUUCAUCGGGAAGGAGACAGCUGCUCAUGCGUCGUCUCCGGUGUUCCGCAAGGACGAGCGCGCUCAGGCCGAAGGACUUCUUUGCUCCUCCAGUGGCUUGGGAGGCGACUAUCCGCCGGACUACUCGCGCCUGUCGCCUGCCCAGUUGUUCGCCGCGCUGCAGGUCCUCGUCGGGGACAGCGCCGACGCCCGGUUCUCUUCUCUCUCGUGCUCCGGAGAAGCCGCGACGGGGGGCAGCUCGGCAGUCUUGCAUGCAUUCGAAAAACGUCCUGCGAGUCGUCUUCUCCCCGCGAAGAGCGGGGACGCCGCGGAGGGGAAGAAGGAGAGUCGCGCAGGCGCCGAGGCGGUCAGAGAGGCGACCGCGCAGAGAACGGCGAAGGGAGAAAAACGAAGGGAAGACAAGGACGCCACAGGCGCCGACUUCGCCCCCGACGACCAUCUCCCGGCUGCGUCGCUCGUUGCGGUGCUGCGAGAUUCUCAGUGGCAACGGGUGCCGAGGAACAUGCUGGCUGCAGGCGAUGUAUUCAAACUUCGCCCGGGGGAUCCACUGCCCUGCGACGCCGUACGCGUUGUUCCGGCCUUCUUGGUUUCCCGUCGCCACCGGCUGAGCGCGGGAGGUCCGCGGAGACAGGACUCGCCUUCGGGCAUGUCUCACAGGUCCGAACAUGGCCGUGCUGUGUCUGCCUGCGUUCCUCCGAGGAGCGAGCUCCACGGUGAGAGACAGCGAACGGCUUCCAAGGCGCCUUCGCCUCACACGGGGGGCGGCCCCAGUCUUCGCGAGACCCCCUCGCGGUCCUUGAGUGCAACCGCACUCAAACUGUCCUUGCCGUCUUCUUCUCGACCUCACUCUUCUUCCUCCCCUGCGCGUUCUCUGUCUGAGUCGUCCGGAUCGUCUUCUCGCUCUCGCUCUCUCUCUCGCUCUCUCUCUCGGUAUCUGUCUCGGUCCUGUGCUUCCUCCCGUUCCUCCCCAUCGUCUGCUGCGUCUUCUCCCGCGUCCCAGAGGUCCACGCGCCUCGUCCUUCGUCCAGUCUUCUCAGCCGGCGUCUACCGCGUCGGCACGGUCUUCUCGCCUUUCGGUUCCGACCCAGCGCGGCGCACUGGAGCCCGGAGGGCGUCGUCGUCCUUGUCAGCCUCGCCUCUGACCUCUUCGCCUCUGGCCGGCUCGGCGGACGGUGAAGAGAGAGCCAGAGAGCCCCGCACUUCCUCUCUCGCUCGCUUUCUAUCACCUCACCACGCGACGAAGCGACCCAGACGCGGAGACCGAACUCAGCGGGCCGACGCCCCGCGCGAACGUCUUGAUGGCGCGUCUGCGCUUGCGUCUUCCGGUUGGGAGUCUGUGUCGCGCAGGCAAGCUUUCGACGCAGACGCGGCAUACGCGAGACCGCGAAGCACGCGGCUUUGCCCUUCACCGUCGGACUCGAAUAAAAACGACUCUUCGCGGUCGGCCUCGCGCCCUGGAAGACGGCUGAGGGCCUCCUCGCCUCGCCGAAGAAAGGCGUUCUCUGGGGCGUCCAGUGACGCCUCUGGAAGGAGACAUUCUCCAGUCGACUCGCCCCCGCGGGCGUCUCGCCGACCAUACGCCUCAAGCCGGAAACCGCGGCGCCGCGGAUCGUCUCCCCUGUCCUUUUCCGUUGACCCUGCAGGCAGUUCAAGUCGCUUCAAGAUCGCACGAGGCGCCAUCGCAGGCAGGGAAGGAAGGCGAGGCAGGCGAAGCCGAGAAGAGUCGAGACGAAGGGAUGCCUUGACCGGCAGGGAGGGGGGGGAGGACUCGCGAAAGCGGUCGCGGCCGAGCAGGGUGUCGGGGACGACAGCGGAGCAAGGUCGAGACGCGGUUCGGAGCGAAGGCGACAACCAGCUUCCGUCACGAGAGAGAAGAAGAAGAACCGACCGAGAAGAUGGCGGGGUUUCGUGGCGAAGUUCGAGGCGAGGCGCCAGCGACCAAACGAGGAAACGGCGUUUGCGGGACUCUGGAAAAAAGCGCUGGCUCUCCGACGUCGACGAAGGGUACUGGCUAGACAGCAGCGAAGACGACGCGAGAAGCAACGGCCACCGACGAAGACGCGACCUGCACGAUGACGGCCUUCACGGCGACGGACGCAGAGAUAAAAGCGCGAGGCGACACCUGGACGUCCGAAGUCGCCGAGAGAGAGAACGGGGAGAGCGGGGCAGAGACCGACACCGGGAACGAGAGAAAGAGAGAGGCAGAGAGCGAGAGAAAGAGAGCAGCCGCGCCAGAGGAAGAGAGCGGGACAGGGAGGGCGAGGGCAGGAGAAGGCGGCGGAGAGAACGAGAGCGAAGAGAGGAGUCGGGAGAGCCAGGGCAUGCAUCUACCACACUCCGAAUACGCCGUGUGAGCGAUGGUGACAAGGAACGUGGACGGAGCGGAUCCUGUGGUGCCUCGGUUGAACAGCGAGAAGAAAGACAGACAUGCGUGAACCGGCGAGAGGCGAGAGAGCGAGCUCUGCAUGGAAGCAGUCGUCACGGAAAUGGACAAGGUCUCGAAGACUGCAUAGAACGGUGGCGCGCGAGUGAGACUCUGGCUGUCGCGGCCGAAAGCUCGUUUGAAGACGAAACGCGAGGACGACAACCGUUACUUCAAGCUCAUUUCAAAACAAAGUCAAAAUACGUCUGCGCGUCCCUCGCUGACAGAGAAGCGACGCGGCCCCUGCGCCCGCGGCUCCUCGGGAACGCACCGAUGCACAGUCGAGCGCCUCACGGCGACUCAGACGACUACUUGCUCUCUACAAGAAACCGCGAAAACGACAUCUCGGAGACACAGAAUGCAGGAGCGAGACCUGAGUCGCAUUCGGCCUCCCUCACGUCUCCACCGUCCUUGCCGUUGCGCUUUCUCGACUUCUUCUCGAGACCUGCGGACCAACACCCCACCUCAGGACUGGGGCGGAAAGACCGCGAGUCAGACUCAGGAGGCGAGAGAGGAGACACAGGUCGCAUCGGACUCGCAGCCAGUUGCGAAGAAGCGAAGCAGAAAGCAGCGUGGUGGGAAGUCGAAGAACUCGAAGAAGAGUUGAUAGAGGCCGCAAACAAUGAUGGUGUCGCUGGCGAGCUGAAGUCAGGAACGUUCAUCGCCCUCCGAACGUCGUGCGUUGGAACGCUCAGAUCCUUCUUGGAGGCGAGUCUGCGAAACCCAGCGUCCUCGAAAAGCCGCGCCAAAGUUCCCUUCUUCGAGGCUGCAGACUUAGUUAGCCGGCAGCUCGCUGUCGUCUGGCUCGUCGCAUGCACAGUGUGCAUCGUCUUCGUGAUCCUCUGGGACGUGAUCGCGCGCACAGGUGACGAGGUCGUACCUCUCGGCCUCCGCAUCGCUCGCUGGCAGCUUCCCAUCAACGUCACCUUCUGCAUGCUCAUGGCCAUCCCGCGGAUCCUCGGAGAACUGACGGACAUCUGGGGGAAUGCCCGGCUUCAGUCUUUGUUUCAGGAGGCGCAUUACCGGGCGCGCAAGGAUGCCUGCGUGGACGUGGAAGGCGAAGGCCGCGUCUGUCGUUCGAUUUCUUCCUCUUCUUGGACGACGGAUGACUCCUCUGCUGCUUCGUCGGUCUCGUCCACCGUCUCUGUCUCCAAUGUCCCCAUCAGCAAACAAAUCAAGGAACUGAUCUACAUCUUCAAAAGGGGUCUGGACGGCUCUUCGAAUCUGCUGCACACCAUGAACAGCACGACGGUUCUCUGUUUCGUCGACAAAGAUGGAAUUCUGGUCGACGCGUGCCGGACGCUCCAAGAGGUCGCUGUAGGCGCGUCGAGCACGGUGCAUGUACCUGCGCCUGAAGCCGCUCGCGAGGCCUCAGGCCUGCCGGGAUCUCCUCCCCUCCACCUCGCGGGUGGGGGGCAGUCUGGGACCCUCGGCACUCGUGAGGAAGAGGGAGAAGAAGAGCAGGAGCACGAGCAGAGCGACGACGAGCAUGAGUCUGGACAGGGCGCGCCAGACGAGACCGCGCGACCGGACCGCGAGCAGGAAGAAGGUGGACGGGAGGAUCCGAACGAACACGAUGAGCACGAUGAGCGCGAGGAGGGAGACGAAAGAGGCGACCAUCUGCACUCGCCGUCGCUGUUUUUCGCCAACCCAGAAGACGAGUGCGUCGAUGGCGGAUUCUACAGUUUUCUCCCAGUAGGCGAGCAUGCGGCGCCUUUCACUCUGGGCCGAAAGCCUAAGAGCACACGCAUGCGGAGCACAACCACAGGGCCAGGCGCUGCGCGAGCUGCAGACGCUCGAGCGAAGGCGAUGAAGCGACAGGAGAGAGAAGGCGAAGAGAGAGAAGAACCGACGCGAGUCUCUGUCUGGCGGUCAAAAGACUUCGAACCGAGCGAUGAGCGCUGCGACCAACUGAGGCGUGAGAGAGACAGCGUUCACUCCAAAAAAGACGACGGUUCUGGGAUGACUCGGGAGUUGCCGUCGUCAAUCCCUGCGACAGACACAGAAGCUGGUCAGCGGGAAAAAUCUGGCGCAUGCGUGGACAGCGCACAUGCAGAGGCAAGUGAGAGAAGCCGGGAGUUGCCGGAGGAGCGACUUGAAACGGAAGAAGCAAACGCACUUCCGAGAGAGGCAAGAAACAAGCGUUCGUUUUUAUCGUUCACCGCAACGCGGCCGUCUGAGCAAAGUCGGCAGCUCCUUGAGCCACUGGGCGCGCCUCGGCGCCUGCCCACCGAAGAGGAGGAAUUUCAAGAGUCCGCGAUGCAGUCGCGCGACGAGUCACCGGCUUCGUCGCCUGCACGACUUCCCUCCUCCCUCGCCUCCUCAGUCGCCUCGUUUCUUCCUUCCCUCCAGCGCAGUCGGGCAGCGACGCAAAAAAGAAGCAGAGAGGCCGGAAGAGCAGACGAGAGAGACGCUUUGAGAGAAAGGCGAGAAGGUGCAGACGGAAGAGCUCACGGCCCAGAGGGAGAAGAAGAUGCGCGGCAGACGAGUGGGGACAGCGAGACAGAGGAGAGACGCGGAGACGCAGAAUGGGGCGUCUCCGCUGUCGAUGCCGAACGCUUUGUUCAGUCGGACCUCAGCGAGGAACAUGAUGAGGAAGGCGACGAAAGAGGUGAAGAACGCAGAAGCGAGGAGGCGAGACGCGAGGACCGGGAAGAGGAAGAGCGCAGGGUCGAGGAGGAGCGAAGAGCCGACGAAGCACACGGCCUACGGGAAGAGGAAGAAGACUAUACACGCGAGCGACAUGCGCAAGACAGCCAAGUCUUGUUGAGGCCUGUAACCGAGUUCAGAAAAGUUGUUCUCGACCUCAUGAACGACGAUGAAUGCGUGGUUGGCCUGCGCUUCGAAAAUGAUUCUUGGAUCGAGUACAGCACUCAGCUGAAGGCUCUCGCACUCGCCAUGGCCCUGACGCAGCUCCCUCGCACUCCGCGACAGAGCCUCGCCGAUCCGAGUUGGCUUUUUUCCCUCUACGUUCAAGACGUCUUUCUGCCUCAUCCUGAUCGCCAAGCGGCUCAUGAAGAACUCCUCGACUGUCAGUGCAGCCUGGCGAAGAUCGUGGGGUGCUCCGAUACGUUUCUGCGAAACUUCCUUCCGCUCAGAUUCAUCCUGGCUGUCGCGGCGUCGCUGCCCCCGCGCCACUCCGCAUCGCUGAACUCGCGUCCGGCGUCUUGCUCCCGUCUUCCGCGUCUCUCCGCGAGCCGCGCGGCCAGUCCUCGACAAAGACGAGGAAGCGAGGACCGAAGACGGCAGGCUCCAGAAGGAGACAGUGACCCAGACGCCACGGAGGAGGCGGCAAACGCGACGGGAACAGCAGUGGAGGCGGAGGGAGGAGACAGACAGGAAGAAGGAGCAGAGGGCGGCGACGAAGACGACGGAUACGGGGACGAAGAGGACGAAGGAAGCGACGUUGAGAGGGCGCGGGAUGCGAGCGCAGCGAGGCGAGAACGUUGGGGGCAAGACGUGGAUGUUUCGGACGGCGAAACGAGAGACGACGAGAACGCGCGACGGCUGGGAGUGAAUGGAGAGAAUAAACACACACGUGCCUUCACUCUCAGGCGAGUGAGAUGGGCAGAUGCAUGUGGAGUUUUGAAAAAAGAAGCGAAAGGCAACAGGAAAACGCACUGCAAGGCGGCGACAGAGCCCGAUAAAGAAACGCCAUCCGCCCCCAACUGCGAUCGUUCAUUUGCGCUCCAGCGUGACACCAGCGAAGCGGCGGAAGAACGCGGAGUUUUCACUCCGUUUUUCCGAGUGUUUGUCAGCCACAGGAGUCGGCCUCGUGCCUGUCUGCGGUCGUCCUUUUCCCCUUCGGACGACAGCGGGAGGGAACGAGAGGCGAGGCCUCGAAAGCUCGGGGAACAGGACAGUGGCAUGGAGCAGACGCGACAGGGAGGCGAACGAACCGACACAGAUCCGGAAGACACAGAGCGCGACGAAAGAGACGGGAGAGAAGACACAGACCGCGAAGACGAAGAGGGGAAAUGGAGGCGAGAGAGUGCAGAUGAGCAGACGAGGGAGGCGCGACAGGAGAGACGAGAGGGACGUGUGGAGAGAGAGGCUUUGGAAAGCGACCACGAGGAGAGUGAAGUCCUUCGAGAAAGUCCAGGAGGUCGAGCGAGUGACGGAGACGCUCUCAUGCUCUGGGUGGUCCGCGACAUCGCCAGCAAUGUCGCACACCUUUUCGUCAAAGGCGUCCCCGCGCUGCUUCUCCCUCGAGUGAAGUUCUAUCUUGAUGGCCAGCAACUUCUCCCCUUUGAUGCCGGCGCUGCCCACUCCCUCCUCGAACUGAACAAUCAGUGGCUAUCGACAGGCCUCGACGCCGUCGCGUUUGGGUACAGACCUUUGCAGCUUGACCAGGAGGACGCCCUCCUCUCUCUGCUGCACGAGAGGUCACUGUUUUCUCUCUGUACCCCACCAGUGGUGUCUCCGACACCCUCGGCGCCGGACCCUCAUGCAAGCCGUCACCUCCCAGACGACGAACGAGAAGAAAACGACACUCUUCGCUGCACGCGAGACCGCGUUCCGCAUCCGAACAAGAGGCGAAAAUUCGAGUUUCGCCUCUCUCCGGCGUCUGUCACACCUCAAACCACAGACGAAGAACGAGACGCAGAAGAUCGCGAGGCCAGAGACGCAGAUGAAAGACAAUCAGAAGAAAGAGGAGACGGCAGAGAAGACGAGAGAGACGCUAGAGAAGACGAAGGGAUUUGUAGUCGAGAACGAUGGAUUUCUGUCCCUUGUCAUGUUGGAGAGAUUAGCGCGAUGGAGACGGUUGCCCCGGUGCCGCGUGUAUCCUUCGUCGAAGCGUCGAGUCUUCUUCGUUACGCCCGGCGGCGCGAACGUCGACUCCUUAUGCGACGGAACUUGCGACGAGAAAUCGGCCCGAGGGGCGAGACCCAAAGAGAAACAGUGCAAGAGGAGACAAGCCGGCGACGGGUGUGGGGACAAGUUCAGCAAAAGGCCGAGCAAGAGAGUGCGAAAGAGCCUCACGAGACGCCGCGGUCGUCCGCGCAUUUGAAGGCUGGCGAGAAGCAUGCUGCGCUGAGAGAGGCAGAACACACGCUCGAGGGAAACUUGAGAGAAAUCCAGGAAGGCAGAGACGGCAGAGACGUUGCUCAGGGGAGCGAACCUGCGUUUCUGGAAGAACGAGAGUGGCGAGGAGAGACAGCCAGAGAGGUGCAUCGAAUGGAUCAUCGCGGGUGUCGCAAUUCGGAACCGCCGACGGAGAGUGACAGUGUCUCUCUCCUGACGAAUGAAACGUGGUUCCUUCACGGGACUCGGGAGAAAACAGAAGCGACAAACUCCUUACAGCAUGCGGAGGACGCCGAGCGCCAAGGGGACGAGCUCCCCGCUUUCUGUCUCUCUCUGAACGAAGACGCAGGCGGCGAACUGCUGCGGCGGCUGCAGAGUCACUUGAUCUUGUUGGGCAUGGGAGCGAGCAAGCAACUGUGUGCCAAGGAAGUCGCCGCGCGGAUUCAAGAUCUGCACGAGGCAGGAAUUCGAUUCGUGUUUUUCUCGUCUCAAGACGAAAAGAGAACUCGAGCUCUCGGCGCUGCGUUCGGCCUCGAAACUGGAUGGAACUGCAUCAUCUCGCUUCAGCCGACUUCAGGCGGAGACACAUCUUACGUUAACAUGGAUGGAAAGAUCGUCCUGCCUUCGGGCAUUGCUGCGAUUCGACAGCAUGUGGAGGAAGUCGACAAUGUUCCUCUUCAGGUUUCGCUCUUCUGCAACUCGACGCCAGACACCGUCCAGGAGAUGAUGCAAGUCUUGCAAGAAAACAAUGAAGUGAUGACCUGCGUCGGCAGCUGCUUGCGGACGAGUAACUUUCCUCUCUUUGAACAAGCCAAUGCCUCCAUUGCCACCUUCGUCGCCCCUGACGCUCGCUGCAAAGCUUGCGGCGGUCGAUGGUCGCCUGUGGCAUGCGACAGCUCUCUGCCAACGCUCAAUCCUUCUCUCGCUUUUGCGGCCGAUUUGAAUUCCCUUCCUUGUGCUCUUCAGCAGAGCAGCUACCCCGUUGCCGACCCGCACGUGACGAUGGCUGUGAUCUACGAAGCCUUUCGGGAGUCUCGGCGCAUCGUCGACUCGAUCCAGCAGUCUCUGACGUUGUGUCUCUCGUCCUCGAUCUUUCUUUCGCUCUUUUUUCUCUUCAACUCCUUCGCAUUCAUCCCCAACCUCCUCGACCUCGUGUCGUUGCUGCUGUUCCUCCUUCUCUUCAUUCCGCUUCUCUCUCUCGCACUCCUCCUAAAUCCCAAAACAGACAAGCUCAUGAAGGAGUAUCCGUACAAGCCGAUGGACCCCACGCAGACGCAACGGCAGCUGCUCGUCGUCUUUAUGCACUUCGCUGUGCGCCUCGUUCCGUCGGUGAUUGUCAUUUCUGCUCUCUCGCUCACGUACAUGUUCAACAUGGGCCAUGAUCUUUACGGCGACCUGCGCCAGGAGCUUCAGGUCAGAAGUGCUCUCUCUGCUUCUCUCUUGCCGCUGCAUGCGUCGCCUCUCCCGCGUUUCCUCGACGAGGGAAGAGGCAGGCGCCUGGAGGACAGAGACGCCGACGGCCCCCGAGAGAACGCCCGUGGAAGUGAAGGCGGCGGAGACAAACGGCUCGAAGGAACAAGAGGAAAACGCCAACGCAGCCGCGACGGAAGCGCUGAGACUGGAGAAGAAAGAGAGACAAAGAGAGACCUGACGAGCGAGGCGCGGUUCGACGACCUCGAGGGAAAGACCCCUGCUCAGCUUCUCGAAUUUCUCGAGCGAAAAUGCAACAACUUUCGCUUCGGAAUCUCGUGGCUUUCAGGCAAGUGGCUAGCCUGCGGUGACGCAAUGAAGGAUACGGGGUCCGUGUUGGGCGAAGCCUCUCUAGUUUGCGCUGCCUCCACGCCUCUUGUGUUAGGGGAGCUUUUCUGCUUCACACUCGUUGGCGUCACUCUCAUGCUUCUCUCCAUGUCCUACAUCGACCGAUUCGAAAGUCUUCUCGCAAUUCCUCCCGUUCGCAAUCGCUGGUGGCUCGCGAGUUGUGCGCUGCUGACGGUCGUCAUCGCGUUGACUGUGACGACUCGAGUCACUCUGCAUCGUAGAUAUCUGGACUCUGCGGCUUGCCAAGAAAGCAGGAAAGCGGAGUUCUCUUCUUCUGCUGUGUUUUCUGGCUCUUCGCGACCGUUCCAAAGCGAGGGUGCACUUGGAGCCGAAGGAGGGAGGAUGGCAGCACCCGAGCAGAGAGCUGGGAACGACAGACCAGAAGCCGCGGGCAGAGCAGAUGUGCAUGCGCGCCCCCAGGAGACCAGGAAGUUCACGAACUACGCUGCUCUCAUUUGGCCGCACUGGAGUCUGUGCUUACUCGCCGGAUUGCUCUGGAUUUUCGUCGUGAUCGUCGACGAGUUGGUCAAGCGCGUUGAGAGACAGACGCACGAACACCACCAAAAGUAUCUCAAGGUGCUCUUCGCAACGCGGCUGGGCAUGUGGAGUCCAAAGUAGACCAGGCGACACAAACGCUGACUGCAGAAGGUCCACGGGUUCAGCGGUGCCGACGUAUUUACG